AAAAGUGAAAUUAAUCCCAAGAAGGCUAUUGUUCUUUGCGAAAAACAAUACUCGAAUAUGAAAUCUAUUGAAAGAGAACAUGUUAUGAAAUGAAGUUUACAAUUAUUAAUGCCGACAAAAGGCAAUAAGGAGUACACAAUAAGGAAAACGGCUGCAACUUUUAAUGACAUAAAACAAAAGAAACUACAGCGACAAAAAUGUCUCUGCCAUACUGGGACAAAGUAAAGUAUGGACAGUAUGAGAACACGCGACCUGACCGGAACCAUGCUCUUGCAGAAGGGGGUCGAAAGGUCAAGGACGAUGAUCAGAAACAGGAAGUGAAACCACACAACGAGUGGACACCAUACGCAGGUCCUGUUGUAUGGACAGGUCCUGACGGUGACAGAGAUUUCAGACCACGGCUGUUUAAAGAUUGGCAGCUAUUAGGUAUAGGAGAUGUGUCGUCGGAGAAAACCUUGUCGGCAACAUAUAUCAGUCGUGCACCACAAGACCAGCCUUUUGGUAAACCACGGAACGAGAUGAUAGGAGAAAUAGGAUGGUUUUAUAAAAAUUAUGAACAUGCUAUUAUACCAAGUAUACCAGAGUAUAUGGAAAGAUGAUAUGCAAUGGAAUUUUAAUUUUUUCCUAAAAGGCAAUUUUUUUCGUAAUUUCUUUUAUAAAUGCUGUUUGAAAUCACUGAAAGGAGUAAAUGUUGUGAGAACAAACAAAUAUAAUAAAAAUUGAUAAUAUUUA